GACGGACUUAUAAGAGCUGACGUCAUCCGGAUGCAUUCCUGCAGGCUGGGACUAUGAUCUGUCAGUCUGUUUGUUCUCAACUUUAAUUUUCGACGAUUCCAGCUGCGGGCGCUUUCAGCGCGUGGAAGCGCAGGUGUUGGAGCCGCCAUGUGGAGCAGAGGGAGCGCGUCUCGACUCCUCAUCUGUCUGACGCUCACAGCUGCGUGGAAAACCAGGUCAGUGAAUGCUGAUGCUGCAUCGGAUGCCUUUUCAACCAACAUAACCCUGUUCACACGGAUCCUGGACCGGCUGCUGGAUGGCUAUGACAACCGUUUGCGGCCUGGUCUUGGGGACAGAGUAACGGAGGUGAAGACAAACAUCUACGUCACCAGUUUUGGACCCGUGUCAGACACAGAUAUGGAGUACACGAUAGAUGUUUUCUUUCGGCAAAGUUGGAAGGACGAGAGGUUGAAAUUUCAUGGACCAAUGAACAUUUUACGCCUGAACAACCUGAUGGCCAGUAAAAUCUGGACUCCUGACACGUUUUUCCACAACGGAAAAAAGUCCGUGGCUCACAACAUGACGAUGCCAAACAAACUGCUGAGGAUCCAAGAUGACGGGACGCUGCUGUACACAAUGAGGUUAACUGUGCAUGCAGAGUGCCCAAUGCAUCUGGAGGAUUUCCCCAUGGACUUUCAUUCCUGUCCACUAAAAUUUGGCAGCUAUGCUUACACAACAUCUGAAGUGACAUAUGCUUGGACUCGAAACGCGUCUGACUCUGUGGUGGUAGAAGGGGAAAGCUCCCGCCUGAACCAGUAUGACCUCCUUGGACAAACAGUCGGACAAGAAACCAUUGAAUCAAGUACCGGUAAGAAAUAUACGGUCAUGACUGCUCACUUCCAUCUGAAGAGGAAAAUUGGCUAUUUUGUCAUCCAGACUUACCUCCCAUGCAUCAUGACAGUCAUCCUCUCUCAAGUCUCCUUCUGGUUAAAUCGGGAGUCGGUGCCAGCUCGGACUGUGUUUGGUGUAACUACUGUUCUCACAAUGACAACGCUGAGUAUCAGUGCACGGAACUCUCUUCCUAAAGUUGCUUAUGCCACUGCCAUGGACUGGUUCAUCGCUGUCUGCUAUGCCUUCGUCUUCUCUGCUUUGAUUGAGUUUGCCACCGUCAAUUACUUCACCAAGCGUGGCUGGGCAUGGGAUGGAAAGAGCAUUGUGAACGACAAGAAAAAAGAGAGGGCUUCUGUCGUCAAGAAGAAUAAUGCCUAUGCUGUAGCCGUUGCUAACUACGCGCCCAAUGUUGCCAAGGACUCCAGCACACUGCCAACCAUUGCCAAAGGCGGACCAUCAGAACCCAACAAAGUUAAAGCAGAUAAAGCCCAAGAAAGUAAGAAGACAUUCAACAGCGUCAGCAAAAUCGACAGGAUGUCGAGGAUUUUGUUUCCAGUUCUCUUUGGUACCUUCAACCUUGUCUACUGGGCCACUUACCUAAACAGAGAACCAGUUAUAAAGGACAUGGUUCCGUCCACUUAGAGGCUGGUUUGAAAAGGUUAUGGUGUGGGGACCAAAAGACAUGCCAAAUACCUCUAGCAACUGUGUACACAAACCAAGUCCUGGAUUGCAGUGUGAUCCUUUAUCUCUGUUUUCUACACCACUGCCUGGCUUUUGUAAAAGUGUAUGUAUAUUUAUAUUCAUGGUUUCAUGGUGACAGUUUGUGUAUUUACUUCAGGUAGAGUAUUUAUUUCCUUGAAAGUAUGUUUCCCAUUAUAUGUCCACUGUACAUAUUAUUCAGACAUAUAAACAUAACUUUAAUUUGAGACUAUUUCUAAAUGUGUUGUUGUUUGCUGGUUAAAUCUCAUUCUCUUCAUUUUAAUGUGUAAAAUAUUCCUUUGAUGAGAAGUGACAACUUGAUUACUAUGAUUUUCUUUGGCAACAAUCGAGUGGCCUGACUCUUACGUUUUUGUCCAAGCCAAUGCAAAAAUACACUUGUAUAAUAUUGUCAUAGUGUAAAAAAAAGUGUUACAGUCUUAUCUGUGACUGCAGGUAUGGGGCUGCGAUCACACGCUGACCUCCAGAAUGACUGACAGCACGCUGAAGCCAAAAAGCCUGUGGCAUAAGUAAAGGACAAAGCUACGAAAUGAGAACACCUGAGCACAUUGAGCUGUGCUGCUAGCACCGCUGAGGAGCAACAUCCUAGGUGGUUACUGAAGGAAGGAAGGAAGGACGG